CAUUUUCAUUUAAAAAGAGCGCAGCAAUUACUAUUCUGGUUAUGUCUUUUUCUCAUCGAUAUUCAUAAUUUGCUAGUCCCUGCGAACCAGUCGUAAGAUCAAAAAAUAUUCGAUAAAUGAUAAUUGCAUAGUUAUAAACACUAACAAUUAUUUUUAUUAGCUUUUAAAAAGUGAUAUUGUAUUGUAACCUGCAAAAAUGCCGGCAGUUGUCAAUUGUCAUGUGAAAUGUAAAUACUGAAAAUUGAAAUUUAAUUUGAAAUUUUGUAAACACUAAACGUAAACCAUCAUCAAAACAACCCUCUGCAUCAAACAAAUUUGAAUGUUCAAUAUACAUUAUAAAAGUUUUUAUUAAUAAGGAAAACUACGAUUUAAUUUCUAUUGUAUAUCAAAUAAUAAGUAAUACAAAUACUUAAAAAGUCAACAUGUCUGGACCCAUUCAAGAUGUUAUUGAAGAAGAUGCCGCUGACCUACAAUUUCCUAAAGAAUUCGAAAACGCUGAAACAUUGCUCAUAUCGGAAGUUGACAUGCUACUAGAACAUAGAAAAGCACAAAAUGAAUCUGCUGAGGAAGAACAGGAAUUUUCAGAAGUGUUUAUGAAAACUCUAACAUAUACAAAUAUGUUCAAGAAGUUUAAAAACAAGGAAACUAUAACUGCUGUAAGAAAUUUGUUGCAAUCGAAGAAACUUCACAAAUUUGAAGUUGCUAGUUUAGCAAAUCUCUGUCCUGAAACACCAGAAGAAGCUAAGGCACUUAUACCAUCUUUGGAAGGAAGGUUUGAAGAUGAAGAGUUAAGAAUAUUGCUAGAUGAUAUUCAAACCAAGCGAAGUAUUCAAUAUUAAAAGAGUAAUAAUAAUA